ACUCGUGCCGGGUAGAGCAUCAGUGUUCCGGUGAACCCGGCAGUUACCGCCCAGACCUUGCAGAGGGUGGUGGUAUAUCUCGCAUCAUUGUUCCUACUCUUCCUAUAUGUGUCAUAUUAUCACUGUCUCCUGCAAGUGUUGAGGUACUUUAUUCUCCUUCAAAAAAGGAUCUUAAUUGCAGGUCUUAUAGAAGACCAAAUAGAUAAUUCAUGAUGUGUAAAUUAAUAUAAGGGCAUAAAUAUGCAAUAAUGUUAAGUAAGCAAUAUAAGUUUCUGCAAGCACUCAUUGCACUCACUGUAAUACUGUGUGUGUAUUUAAAUGACAAUGAAGGGCUCACUGAGUAUAAGAUGAAGGUUCAAACAAAACUGAAAAGUCUCUGGCAGUACAACCAGUCUUCCCAGAGUAACAUCACGCGGGUUUUUUUGCUGUCACGGAAUGUUGAGGAAACAGAGACCAUUGACACCUCAGUUCACCUCAUACAUGCAGUAACGUACAGUUACACGACGACACAUAAUUCUUCAAGUGCUACGCCUGUAUUGCUCUCGUCACCUGCUGUCAGAGUACACAAACCUGUCAUCCACAAGAGACUCGAUAAAAUAGUUUUCCCCAGCAUCAGCAACUGCACUGAGAAGAACGUUCGGAAAAAUCGCAUCCACCGAACGAAAAAUAAAUAUCCUUGUAAGAAGUGGAUUGAAGCAAGCCCUGGGGAUCCCUACUGGCCUGUGGUACUGAGUCCUACGUACGGUAGGAGCCUACAGGACCUCGCACACCACCAGCACCCUCAGAGUGAGCAGUUUAUUAAUGAGCAGCUGGUGGUACAGAAGCAGAGAACAACACUGCUGGCUGAGACCUGCCUUAAGCACCCUGAAGUCUCCAUACGUCAGUAUAUGAACCUAGUGUGGGACACUGCUAGAGUACCUCCACUCAUCUACUGUCCUAUAUACAAGGUAGCAUCAACUACAUGGAUGGUGUACUUCCUUCGCCUGAGGCAUAUAAAUGACCGGGUCCCAGAGCUGGAGCAAUAUGAUGAGCAGACGCAAGAACAACUGAAAUAUAUGCCACGCUAUGGAGGUGGUCAUCAGCGGGUGUUCAAAGAAUACAAACAGCCCAAGACAAGCGAGGAAAAAAAUUACGUUUUUAAGAAAGCUCUCCGCUUCAUCGUGGUCCGUCAUCCAUUCACUAGGAUAUUGUCGGUAUAUAGAGGCAAGAUUGAGAGAAAAGAACCUCGACCUUUUGCACCUUACUUCAAGCAUCUUCAACGAGCAAUUAUUAAGAGGUACCGGCCACCAGACACACACCUCACUUCGCCUACGCCAACCUUCUCAGAAUUCGUCGACUAUGUCAUUGAUUCUACCAAGAAUUUCAAGACUGCUGCGGAUUGGGAGAAAAAUGUUGUAUGCUGGACACCAUACUGGGUACAGUGUGGUGUAUGCGCCUCAGAUUACCAGGUCAUUAUUAAGUUGGAAACAAUGACUACCGAUGAAGAGUUCUUGGCACAAAUUGCAAACCUGAAGGAGAUUCAGAAUCUUCACGAGUGGAGGAAUUUGAGGAACUCACCAGCCACUUCAACUGCUACACAAUCUCGGUAUUUUAAAAGCUUAACCAAAAGACAAAUUCUGUUACUCUUUCAACGAUAUCAACUUGACUUUGAACUUUUUGGGUAUUCAGCUGAUGAGUAUCUGAAUUUCAGUGAACAAGACUAAAUAUAAAACAUUUUGGUUUAAGUAACUAAUAUACUGGCGAACAGUAGAAUAUGAAAUUUUAAAAAUGUGGGAAGACAAAGUACUUAAACUUUAACCUUACCUAGAACAUCAACCUUGAUUUUGUGAAGAACAAAAAAGCACAAUAUCUUGACUGGAACAAUACAUAAAUAACCCCCACACAGACAGAAGCUUAUGACAACUUUUCGGUCCGACUUGGACCAUUUACUAGUAACACAAACGCACAAAGGUAAAGGAGCCAGUAUUAUAUAUACAUGAAAGGAGGACAAUGACAUAUAUACUGCCUGUGGAAAAUUGCAUUUACUUGGAUGUAUAAUUAUAUGCAUAACAGUAAAUGAACAAUGAUAACUAUUAUUUAUCAGUUAGACAUGUAGGAAUUUGGGACACUUAGGUCGCAAAAAGUGUCCCCCUUCGAUACCUACCACUGUCAUAUCCAGAAGUUGCUCUGGACCUAUUAAUUAAAUGAAAUAUACAUACACCAGGAAUACUGGUAAAUAUAUAAAUUUGUGGACUGUAUAUUAAAAAUAAUAAAUGGUUAUAUAUAUACACAAUUACAUAACAGAAGGAAAAUAUAUCUUAAUAUCACUCACCAAUUUGACUGGAGAUUAAUGUGUAUCAUACUCAGAAAACCUCACUCUAACUAAAUCUAUGAAAAUAAUGCUGGCCAGAAUUACACACAAAUCUAGAGAGCUUAUCUGAGGAUCCUGGAGCUGUCUUGUCCAGUCUUCUGAUAUCUCAAGUUAUGCAGGAAUGCACAUCCACCAAUUUCGCCUCCUAUUUGAGAGGUGUCAACACAAUUUUAACCUCUAGAGCACGAAAAAUUCUUCCCAUUACACCAACGUUUGUACAAAAUUCAAAACCAAGAUGGCGAGUCUCGUCUGCACCGACGCAGGCUUUCCGUUUUCUAUGACAUAAAUAUUAUUAAAUACAGUAUGGCCAUCUAUUUACAUAUAAAUACUGAAUUUCUGGAAAAUAUAUACAGUAUUUUCCACACUGGCUUCCUUACCUUUGUGUUUGUGUAACUAGUCAGUGGUCCAAGUCGGACCAAAAUGUCAUAAACUUCCUCUAUAUGCGGAUUAUUUGUGUACUGAAUUUGUAAUCGUUAACCCAAUUGAGUUCUGUAUAUAUGCUUUUUGGGAUAGGUUUAGCUAUUUCCUUGUCGGGGGUAGGAAGAUCAUAACCAAACCCCGAGAUCCUAUGCUGUUGUGACACUAAAAGUUAAAACACUUUAACUCAACCGUGUUAAAACAUAACUGGUAUCCAAUUUAUUGAAAGGAUUUACUGUCAUUAGCUAUUUAAAUCACAUUUGAUAAACUACAAAUGGUAGCUACACAAAAUAGCAGUACUGUACAUGAAAAAUAUUUUAAAUGCAUCCAUAGUAAUUACCUGUUUGUGAGUUAAUAUUUAAUAUUAACUGGUCAUGGGAAAAAAACUCUUGAAAAUGUUUUAAAAGUAUAAUUUCAAAUCCUUUUCCAGAAGGAUUUGAAAUUAUACUUAUAUGUAUAAAAUUAAGUGUACCAGAAAUACCCGGUGUGUAUCACACCAAGUAUUUUAAAAAUGCUGUGAUUAUUAUAUUUAAUAUUUCCAACGAUA